AUGGCCUCGAAAAAGGAUAUGCGUCGCGCCGACCUCAUCGUGCCCUACGCGGAGCCCGCAAAGGACAAGAAUGAGAAUGACAUGUCGAGCACAAUGGCAAGCACACUGCCCAUGGCUGCUAUCUUCACCCGAAACAAAAUGAUCGGCUGGGUCGCGGUCGUCUUUGCCAUUCAGUCGUGGCUCGCUGAGACACCCGAGCAGAAGCGAACUGCCUCGACUCCUGCCUACCUCCAAGUAGGCAUGUCCGGUAUGCUCCGUACCCCACCACCAGCGCGCCCUACCAGCUCUCGUAUGUCCAUCGAGAAUCUCAAGUCUCACGACCCGUUCGCGGAAGCGGAUGAAGACAGCGGUCAAAUCAAGCAGUCGCAGCAGGACUAUAUUCACAUUCGUAUCCAACAGCGCAAUGGCCGCAAGACCCUGACCACGGUGCAAGGCCUACCCAAGAAAUUCGACCAGAAGAAGAUCCUCAAAGUGAUCAAGAAGAAAUUUGCCUGCAAUGGCACCGUUGUCGCGGACAACGAGAUGGGCGACGUGAUUCAGCUCCAGGGCGAUCAGCGCAAGGAUGUCCAAGACUUCAUGACCGACAAGAAAGAGGGACUGGGACUUGAUGCUAAGACUAUUAAGGUGAGUCAAAAUUUUCUCAACUUUUCCCGGGCGGACUAG